AUGUAUUCAACGAGGCCUCCUAACAUUCCCCUCAUUAAAUGGAAACUCCCACCAAAAUUUAUUCUCAGUAACCAUUUGCUUGUUGCAAGUGGUGAAGAUAGCACAGAAACGGGUUCUGAAAAUUUGAGGAUUGCAAAAGUCUUGGAAGGUUUCUAUCCACACCGCUCUCUCAUCCAUUCCCGGUAUCCUUUCAUCUCACCGGCGGCUGUACAAGUUGAUGACACCAAUACUCCUACCAUCCGUGUCACUCCCAUUGAGGACGACGACGAACAACCUGCUCUUCAAUCCUCCAUCGCUUCCCCAUCUUUUUUUGGGCUUGGACCUGACUUGAGCCUAACUGCUCUGGCUGCCUUGUUGAAUACCAAGGAACAGGGGAGUCUAGUCAAUGCGGAUUUACUUGUCAAGUUUCUCACUGACCCCACUAUCAUCAACAACCUCUUGAAUGCUGCUGCUAAACCACUUGAGACUGGGAAUAACAACAACACCACCAAACCACCUCCUCAACAUGUCACUACUUCCUCGGCCAACUCACCUCCUGGAAACGGUGUUACCCCUUUUUUGGCGGCUGCACAGUCCAUUGUUUCUCAUGUACCUACUCAGCCGAUGGCUCCCCUUGUUUUGAACACUUAUCCAUCGUCUUGUGCGGUCAAGCCAUUGCCGAGAGUUGAAAAAUCCCUGGAAACAAGCUCAGUAGUAGUCUCAGAACCCCAAUGUAGAUCCGGCACUUGGAAUAUGAGUAGGGUCGAGGAAUCAGCGGGAACUGGAACAGAUGCUCAAAGUGCUUACGCGAUGAACAUAACACGUGAUGACUAUUUCAAAAACCUUAUCAGGGAACACGGGGGUGUUGUUGCUCCGGCAACUAACAAUAACAAAAGACGAUUUGAUAAUAAUAAUAAUAAUAACGAUGACAAGAAGAAAGCACUAGCAGUUAAGGUAAAGUCUCAGAAACCAUGCAUGUUUUUCGGAAGAGGCAGAGGGUGUAAGCUCGGGGAGAGUUGCUUAUACCUUCACGACCCCUCCAAAAGGUUGUCGACUUAUGAUGUAGCUGCUGCUGCUGCUCCCAGAGCUAAGAGACUCAAGUUCAGAACGUGACCAAGUAGGUACUAGUAAAUAGCUUCAUAGCAAUAGCCAAGAUUAACAAGUGAUCCCAUGUUUGGUUCCCCCUGUUACCUUUCUUUUUCGUUUCCAAACGUUGACCAAAAUUCUAGCCUACAAUUCUCCUCAGUAUAUUGUCAAAUUAUUAUUAUUUUUCCCAGCAAAAAAAAAACUGAAGAGAUAAUGAUUGAAACGGAUUUAUUAUAUUUCAAAAAUAUAGAAACAUCAACUAAACGUAGUAUAUUACACAAGUAGAGAUAGUAAGAGAAGAGAAAGAAGCAUAGGCAACCAAAGAAAACCAAAU